AUGGCGAGGCUGUGGCACCUGUUGCUCGUGUGCUGGGCAUGGUCUCCUCUCUGUCUCUCAUCCAGAGUCAGCUUCAUCGGUUCACCUCAGGAGUGUAAAACGGCUCGCUUUGUCCCUGGUUACAACCUGGGUGGAGAAGGCUUCGACAUCGUUACAAUGGAGAGGAAAGGUGCCUACGUCAUCGACACUGAAACGUGGGACCUUGGAAACGGCACAUGCAGGAUGUACAGAAACAGCUACAUGAAUGGCCAGAAGCAGAAGGUCCCGGUGUCCGCCGUGGACUGGAGACCACUUCCCAAGUGCCAGUUUGCUGUCUCCGGUAAACUCUUUGAUUCUGUUGAAAGUCUCGUCAACGACUCCACAUCAUCUGUGUCCAACAACUGGAAACUUGGUCUUGAUAUCCCUUCAAGCUCCGUUGGGGUUAUUUUUGGCGGUUCCCACUCCAAGGCAUCAAUCUUUGGCAUGCAGAAGUCUAGAAAAGAUCGUUACACCUUCUUCCGUCAUUCAGUCCGUUGUAGCUUCUAUAGCUACAGGCUGGUUGCAAAACCUUCACUGAGUCAUGAGUUUGGAUCAGCUGUGGAUUCCCUUCCUCCUUAUACACGUAUGAGCCAGGCACAAUACCGGAAUUUGAUAGACACAUAUGGUACACACUACGUCACACAGGUGAGUCUCGGAGGGGAAAUGAAGGCUGUCACUUCUAUCAAGACAUGUCAGGCAACCAUGAGCGGAGUGUCUGGAACAGAAGUCAAAGAUUGUCUUUCUUUGGAGGCCUCAGCAAGCUUUGGAAGCCCUGUCUCCAUCAACUCCAUGUUCUAACACUGUAAGGACAAAAAAAAACUGAACCACGGUCAAAGCUUCAGCAGCACGUUUAGGGAGAGAAAGACCGAAGUUACUGGUGGAAACCUUAAUGGAGCUGAUAUCCUUUUUCAGGGAAAACCAGUUCCUUCUCUCUAUAAAAGGUGGAUCAAAUCCCUGAAAAGCAUCCCUGAUGUGGUCCAAUACAACUUAAAGCCCCUGCACACCAUUCUUCCAGUCAAUCACCGUGGCAGGUUUGGACUAAAGCAAGAGGUAGAGAAGUACAUCAAGAAGAACGCAGUGCAGAAACAGUGCUCCGAGUCUUGUCCGAUUGGACACAGAUCCAGUGGAAGAGAUCCCUGUGCUUGUGUCUGCAACGGCAACCAGAUGAUCAGGUCAAACUGCUGUCCUGCUGGCAAAGGUCUUGCAACAUUAAAGGUGUUUGGACUUUAUGCACGCGGUCUCUAUGGUGACAGGACCACCCAGACAGAUGGGUCGGUGUUGGUUAAGUAUGGUUACCAGAGGAAGCGCACUGCUAUUAUAGCAAAUAAUGACAAUCCUCGCUGGUCAGAAGUGUUUGAAUUUGGGCCCAUUGUAAUCAACAUGGUAAACCGGCUGAGAUCCACUGUUUAUGAUGAAGAUUCAUACUGGAACAGCGAUCGCCUGGGUCGUUGUUCUGUUAAGCUUCGUAAGGGUUACGUGCGAGACAGCUGCAUGUUUGACCACGGCACCUUCUUCUUCUCAUACAAAGUUGAGUGUGCACCAAGUCUUGGUGGUAGCCGGUGUCAGGAGUAUAUUCCCUCCCCCAUGAGCUCGUCCGCAGCUCGGCUCUUCUACACCAGAAACGGGGUAUUGGUUGGGGACACCUGA